AGGUACAACCCACACCAACCGAACUUUUGCUUGGGAUCUUCGGUCAACAACUCUAAACAUGGCCCGAAUCCUGGUUCCUCUUCCCCACGGUGGGGUCCACGGAGCAACUCCGCUUCCUCUGAACGCCAAUCCAAGCAUCCAUUUCCCCGCAUCAACCUUUCCGUGGUACCUCUUCUGAUGCUGCUGUCAUGACAAGGGUGAAUUUACUACCUAUUGCGGAGUACUCUUCUCCGACUUUGUUGAUACUCUCUGGUUGACUCCUCCCGUGACUUGCUUCUAAACUCGGUGCUGUCGUCGUCAGAACGUGGGAUUCUCUCUCCAUUGGACGGAGCACACCUCUCCGUUCUAGCUUGAUGCUUCUUCGAGUGGGAGAAGUUAGCAUAGGUGAGUUGCGCAUGGUUAUAAGAAGACAACGAUCCUAGAAUAUCAGUUACGUCCUCAUUAUGCGUCCAGUGUCUAGCUCUGAAGGAGUAUGCAGCUAUGGCCUCCAGUCCUCAGAAUUCCAAUGGCGGUUUCGCCUUGAUAUACCAAAACCCCUACCUGCUGGGCGUUGCAUCGUUCUCCACCUUAGGUGGGCUGCUCUUUGGCUAUGAUCAGGGCGUGGUUUCCGGUGUGAUAACCAUGCAAUCAUUCGGCGCUCGAUUCCCUCGAGUAUACAUGGACAGCAGCUUCAAGGGGUGGUUUGUGUCAACCCUAUUAAUUUCUGCUUGGUUUGGCUCCCUCAUCAACGGCCCUAUCGUGGACCGAAUAGGCCGCAAACUAUCCAUCAUCACCGCUGUCGUUGUAUUCGUCGUUGGGUCCGCCAUCCAAUGCGGUGCCGUUAAUAUACCAAUGCUCUUUGCUGGACGUGCAAUCGCAGGCGUAGCCGUUGGUCAACUAACCAUGGUGGUACCUCUGUAUAUCUCCGAAGUCUCCAUUCCCGAAAUACGCGGUGGUCUUGUCGUUCUUCAACAACUCUCCGUCACCAUCGGCAUCCUAAUCAGCUACUGGAUCGACUACGGCACAAACUACAUCGGGGGCACCCGCUGCGCUCCCAAUAUCCCUUACACAGGCGGCACCGCCUCCUCCCCAUCCUUUGACCCCUACACAGACAUCCCCUCCGACGGCAUCUGCAACGGCCAAUCCGAAGCAUCCUGGCGUCUACCACUAGCCAUCCAAAUCAUCCCAGCCCUUACACUCGGCCUGGGGAUGCUCUUUUUCCCAGACUCCCCUAGAUGGCUACUAAUGAAGGAACGAGACGACGAAGCUCUCCAGGCACUUUCCAGGCUACGUCGACAAUCUACAAACAACCCAGACCUAACAAACGAAUACCUCGAGAUCAAAGCAUCCAUCAUGUUAGAGAACAGUUUCGCUAGAGAACGGUUCCCGGAGUUAUCUGGGUUCAGGCUGCAUGCUGCGCAGUAUAUCUCACUCGUAACCACAUGGGCGCGUUUCAAACGUCUAGCGAUCGGAUGCUGCAUUAUGUUCUUCCAGCAGUUUAUGGGCUGUAACGCUAUAAUCUACUACGCACCAACAAUUUUCGCUCAGCUGGGCCUCGAUGGAAACACCAGCUCCCUCCUAGCCACCGGAGUCUACGGGAUCAUCAAUUGCCUUAGCACCCUCCCUGCGCUUUUCCUAAUCGACAAAGUCGGUCGAAGAGGUUUGCUCAUGUCCGGUGCCACGGGGACCUGUAUCUCGCUGGUAAUCGUGGGUGCGAUUAUUGGGGUCUACGGAUCGGAUCUAGUCCAUCAUCGGUCUGCCGGAUGGGCCGGGAUCGCGUUCAUCUAUAUCUACGAUAUCAACUUCUCAUACUCUUUUGCUCCUAUCGGAUGGGUCCUGCCAUCGGAAAUCUUCAAUCUAUCCAUACGCUCCAAAGCUAUCUCCAUCACAACUUCCGCUACUUGGAUGUGUAACUUUAUCAUCGGCCUCGUCACCCCUGAUAUGCUUGACUCGAUCACCUGGGGUACCUAUAUCUUUUUCGCAGCUUUCUGCCUCCUGGCAUUCGGUUUCACGUUCUUCUUUAUCCCAGAGACCCGUGGAAAGACUCUGGAAGAUAUGGAUCUCAUCUUUGGUGACACGGCUGCCCAUGAGGAAAAACAGCGUAUUGUCGGAAUCGAGGCUCAACUGCGUGGCAUUGAUGGUCCCACGGUCGACCCAGAAUUCGUGAAGCCCUUCGCACAGGAGGAAGAGGACGUUGCUUGAUGGUCCAUAAUUUUUAAGAUCACUUGCAAUUUUCCGCCUGCAUAUCAAAUGGCGGGUUCCCUUUUGUGACAGUUUAAGAAACGGGUCCUUCGAGGAAUGAAGUUCGGGCUGUGAAAUCCUCUUUUGUUCUGUAGGCUCCAUUACGUUCAUGUAUGGCCCUGACCGACUCUAGUCCCGAAAUCAUCUCAUCUCGGCAUCGACAGAUGAUCAGACAAACUCAUUCUGCGGAGGGAAAUUUACCCAUUCCGAGAAGUCCAUGCCAGCAAGGUUGAGCUCCUGGUCCACGUCCGGAAACAUGCUACCAAAGGUCGGAUCGUUGAAGAGUUGAUCGGAAAAGGGCAUUAAUAUGGGUGCUGUCUGUCCCGCAGUCUUAUCGGCGGCGGCACUCGUGUAUGCAGGCGAACAGAGCCGAUUGACAACUUCCAAGCAACGAGUCGCAAGGCGGUUGUUGCUGAGAGAAGGGUGUACCAGGAGCUUCUUCGUGGACUCGAUCUCCUGGAGCCAGCUGGGGGCGUCCGUACUUGUUGGGUCAGUCAUAAGCAAGAUGAUCGGGAUUACACCAGCUUGAAACAGGAAG